GGAAACCUGGGCGCAAGCAACUUUUUGCGGGCGAUGCGACAAAACGAGGCUACAAGACCUCUUAACACUCGCUUUUGCGAACCCUAGCGAUCGUUCAGUCAGCGUUGCAGCGGCCGGGACGACGAGGCGGCUUAAGCACCCGUACAACACACGGCGUCGCCACGCGCGCGCGGCAGUCGCCCGGCCGCGGCCGCGCUAAGCAACAACCAUGGGCGUCCCCGCCUUCUUCCAGUGGCUCAAGGAGCGCUACCCGACGAUGAUGCACGAGGUGCUCGAGGGCGAGUCGUUAGAUAAGGCCGAGGCCAACGCCAAGGAAGAGUCUAGAGAUCCGGUCCAGUGGUGCGACCACCUCUACCUCGAUCUGAACGGGAUCGUGCACCCGUGCUGCCACCCGGAGGACGGCCAGCCGCUGCCCAAGGACGAGGACGAGAUGCUGACGAGAGUCGAAGCGCAUCUUGACAGAUUGAUGGAGCUCAUGCGGCCGCGGAAGUUUGUGUACUUUGCUCUCGAUGGCGUCGCGCCUCGCGCGAAGAUGAAUCAACAGAGAACGAGGAGAUACGUCGGUGCGCAGGAACGCGCCGAAUCGCAAGCAGUAGAGCAGGAGAUGCGCGAGGAGAUGGUGCGCGAAGGGCGAGCGCCGCCCGAAGCCGCUGCACAAAAGUGGGACCACAACGUCAUCACGCCCGGGACGGAAUUCAUGCGGAAACUAGCUACGUACUUGAGAGGCUACUGCGCUAGAAGAGCGGCCAAGCACCCUAGGUGGUCGAAAAUAUCCUUCGCGUUGUCUGACGCCACAGUCCCGGGCGAAGGCGAGCAUAAAAUUGUGAAUUAUGUGCGAGCGUUACGGCAACAAACGGGCUACGACCCCAAAACCAGACAUUGUAUUGUGGGAGAAGACGCGGACCUCAUCAUGUUAUCACUAGCCUUACAUGAGGAGAACUUUUGCGUGCUAAGGAAACGCAUGAAGUGGGACGCCCCCGAUCUAGAUCAAGAUGUGGCGGCCGAAGUCGGGGGGAGUGGCAAUCCUACCACGAAUUGGGCGCUCGGGCAAGACGAGCAGGGUAUUCCGGACGCGGCGCCGUACGGUUUCCAUCUGGUGCAGAUAGAUGUACUGAGAGGGUAUCUGAAGGCCUCGUUGGGCGACACGCCACUCACAAAGAGAGUGCCACCAGCACAAGCGGCGGACUACCACGAGCGCGUGAUUGAUGAUUUCGUGUUUCUCUGUUUCUUCUGCGGGAACGACUUUUUGCCUCAUUUACCCUCCUUUGAUAUUCGCGAAGGCGCUUUGGAUGUCAUCUUCGAACUCUAUCGGCGCCGACAAAAUACUCAACAACUAGGUGAUGCUUUACUGACGAAUGCGGGGACGAUCAUCCCGUCGAAGACGGCCGCGUUCUUAGCCGCAUUAGCUGAAAUUGAAGCGCCCAUCUUCGAGCGACGCGCGAAACGUAGACAAAGGGAACGACUGCCCAAGUCUCAAAUCGACUGUAGGGAAUUUCUACAGCGCGGCGCGUGCAAGUACGGCGACGCGUGCGAGUUCCGGCACGGCGACCACUGCCCGCGGGAUCGCGCCGACGCGAAUUUGAGAUUGGAGAUCCUGGAUUUUUGUCGAUCCGACCAAACGGAGAAGGCUUUAUCGCCGGAACUACCGUCCGGAGCUAGGAAGAAGGCCCACGCCAUCUCGGAGGAAUUUGGUCUGGACCAUGCGUCAGAGGGCGACGGCAUGCAGCGCCAUUUGGUGUUGAGGAAAGGUUCCAAUUUCUGCCAGGACCGCUUUCCCGCGUCGCGGGACGAGGAGCCCAAAGUGUCUGCGGACCCGAAGAUCGCGGCCGAUCAAUUUUUGGCCGAGGUCAAGAAACGAGUGGCAGAUAAGGCGGGCGAGACGCAUUCCGACGACAAGCACAACGCCGUUGGGUUAGGUGAGGGUCCAGGAUGGAGAGAAAGAUAUUACCGCAUUAAGCUCGAGGCGGACGACCAGACGGUAGGAGAUAUCUGCCGGGAGUACUGGAAGGGUUUACAGUGGGUUUUAUCGUAUUACUACGCGGGCUGCCAGUCGUGGCGGUUUUAUUAUGAUCAACACUACGCUCCUUUUGCCGUUGAUCUAGCUGCGCACGCGCCAUUGGCGCCACCACAUUGGAGUGAUGGAGGGGAGCCCUUCAAGCCCCUGGCGCAAUUACUAGCGGUCAUCCCACCGGGCUCGGCGCAUUGCUUACCAGCGGCCUGCCGAUUAGUGAUGGACGUGAAAGUGGACGCGCCGUCACAAGCCGUGGUGGCAGGCGCGAAACGCGCAAAAGAUUUGGUAGGUCCCAAAGGCCUGGAAGAACUCUUCCCCACCAAAAUUAAAUUAGACCCGAACGGCCGCAAGCACCAGUGGGAGUGGGUCGCUUUGUUGCCUUUCAUGGACGAGCGGCAAUUGGAAUUGGUGUUAGAUUGCGUCUCGGAUACCUUUGACGCGUCGGAGCGAGAUCGGAAUAGACAAACAAGAGCUUUGGCGGGCGCCGGCGCGGGCUGCCCCGAGCCGCCCUUCGAUAUCGCAUGGUUAGGGUUAAAUAAGUCGGACGAGCCGCCCUACUACUGCUUCGAGGAGCCGAAAGAUCUCCAAAGGCACGUGUGCAAGCCGCUCGCGCGCCGGAACACGCAGACGCCGCUGACCGGCGCCUUAGGUCGAGAAACGGAGCCCGUCUGGACGCCCGGGCGGCCGGCCGGGAAAAUAGGCGACUCGGGCGAGCUUAGAAGGCGGCCGCGCAUGACGCUUGAUGAGCUCGAGAGCGCCGGGCGCAUGAUCCGCCACCAGAUGGGCGUCGACGCGCGGCUCCAGCAGCUCCAGCAGCAGGGCGGCUGGCAGGCGUCGCAAGGGAUGCGCGCCGACGCGCCCGCGUAUCGCACCGGGCCGCCCGGGGCCCCGGGCGGCGGCUACCCCUACAACGGCGGUGGUGGUGGUGGCAUGCGGGCGACGGCGCCGGCCUACGGCGCCCCGGGCGGCUACGGCGCGCCGGGCGGCUACAACGGCGGCAUGCGGGCGAACGCGCCCGCCUACGGGGCGAGCGGGGGCUACAACCAAGGGUACGGCGGCGGCAUGCGCGCGAACGCGCCGGCGUACGGCGGCGGGUACGCCGGCGGCGGCUACAACGGUGGGAUGCGGGCGAACGCGCCGGCGUACCAACAGCAGCCGCAAUACCUCGCGCCCGGCGGGCUCCAGGCGAACCACCCGCUGCUGAUGCGGCGCCCGCCGCCCCAGGCCUACGCGGCGCCCCCGGCCUACGCGCAUUCUGCGCCGCCGGCGAAUGGCGGCUACUCUCAUUCUGCGCCGCCGGCCGCGAACGCCGACGCCGCGGCCGCGCUGCGAGACUCGCUCCGCGGCGCCAUGAAACGCUCGGCGCCGCCGGGAGGCCCCGCGCACGAUCCGCGGAGACGACGAACGUAGGAAAUUCUCGAUCGUUUGUGUAAUUCAUUCGUCGACCGUGGUA